AAAAACUCGCAAAUCCAAAAUGCCACCAAAGUCCAAGGAGAGAAAGCAAAAGGUUGAACAAGUUUACUACGGUCCAAGAAAGGGUGAAAACGAACUUGUCUUCGGUGUUGCUCAUCUUUAUGCUUCAUUCAAUAACACUUUCGUUCACGUCACUGACUUGUCUGGUCAAGAAACUAUUGUCAAGGUUACCGGUGGUAUGAAGGUCAAGGCUGACAGAGAUGAAGCUUCUCCAUACGCUGCUAUGCUUGCCGCUCAAGACGUUGUCGUCAGAUGUAAGGAAUUGGGUAUCAAUGCUCUCCACAUUAAACUCCGUGCUACUGGUGGUGUCCUCACUAAGACUCCUGGUCCAGGUGCUCAAUCAGCUUUGAGAGCUUUAGCUCGUGCUGGUAUCAAGAUUGGUAGAAUUGAAGAUGUCACUCCAAUUCCUCACGACUCUACUAGAAGAAAGGGUGGUAGACGUGGUCGUAGAUUGUAAAUGGUCUAUUUUCAUUUUCUCUCAAUAAAAAAAAUAAAUAAAUUCU